CAUGUCUACAAAAUGUGAUUGUUCUGUCUCUGUGUUGCUCCUUUCUUUCGAUUUUCUUUCAAUCAGUUCAAUUCAAAAGAAAAUUUUGAACAUCUACAGCACCAAAUGAAAAAAGUGUCUGCCGAACUGCGUCCUUCUACCGGUUGUAUCGUUAGCUCAAAACGCGAACAAAGACUGGAACGAAAGAAACGCAAAAUUCUUGCUCUUGCAGCGGUAAUGCAAGUUGCCGGAAGAGAUCUUGGAGCAUCGGCUUCAGAAGCAUCAGAUUCAAAAAAACAAAAGCUUUCGAACGCGGAAUACCGGACGGUAAAAGCAGCAGUGAAUCAUAAGCUAGACAUGAAAAACUUGUCCAAAGUGUGCCUAAGGCAACCAGGUGAAGAAGCCCUUGUUAAGACUGCGCCGGAGGAUCGCGUUCCUCUGUUGCUGGAUGACAUUCAAGGUUUGUUAAUGACCGCGCUGUUGCGUUCCGAUUCUCCGAUGAAUCCGAGCCGGUGGGCUGUAGUAGAAAAAUUCUCCAAGCUGACACAUACGGUUGUGCUGCUAAUAGAGGGUUUAACGUUGGAUGAUUUCGUUGAGCACGAGGCAGACUUCAAGGAAUGUAAGAAGAUAUUCCGCAACAUUUUGCAUAUCGUAGCCCCUAGUUAUCGGCUGGUUGAGGAGUUAGCAUGUGUACCGCUAAGUGAAAGCCAUAAAGACAUUCUUCUGGCCGAAUAUGGUACGCUAGAGGCAGCUAUGUUGGCCUGUAAAAAUCAUCUGUUGAUUAGAAAAAGCAUAUUUAACAAUAUCGGAUCUGCCAACGAUGAAUCCGCGAAUGGUACGGAGGAGGAUUACAGCGACAUGGAUUUACCACCGGGAGACAAGUUUCCUCGCACACAACUGCUGUUGUCACCGAUACAAAUGAUCAAUGAGGAUUAUCCCCUACCGUUGACCGGAAGUCUUCAGCAUCGAUAUGCCGGUUACGUUAGCACCAACGAUCAUUAUGCUCCAGUAACCCCAAAAUCUCCGAUUUUCGCACUGGAUUGUGAAAUGUGUAAAACGAGUAUUGGUUCCGAGCUGACCCGAGUGUCGAUCAUUGACGAGAAUGGUGAUGAAUUCUACGAGACUCUUGUGCGACCUGACAACAAAAUCGUCGAUUACCUCACUCAGUUUUCGGGAAUUACGCCAGAAUUGAUGAAAAACGUAUCUAAAACAUUGAAGGACGUGCAUAAAGAUUUACGGAACAAGCUUCCACCGGAUGCGAUAUUGGUUGGCCAAUCGUUAAACUUUGAUCUGAAUGCAAUGAAAAUAAUGCAUCCAUACGUAAUCGAUACCAGUAUUCUGUACAACGUAACCGGUACCGCUAAUUCAAAGUCGAAACUUAAGAUACUUUCAAAAAAAUUUCUUCAGCGGGAGAUUCAGUGCUCUUCCAAAGGUCAUAAUUCGAUAGAAGAUUGUACAGCCUCGUUGGAACUGGUUAAGCUAAAGCUUUCGAAAAACAUCUAUUUCGGCGAUCAGUGGUUGCAGGAUCGACGAACCUAUCACAAAAAGGCCAACCGGGUGGGUAUCGCCACACAAGAUGAAGUGAAAUCCAUGGAUGUUGAUGCUAACGCCUCUGAGAUAACGGCGACUCUGUUUGGACACGCUCGUAAGAAAAACAAGAAAUCCACUAUAAUAACCAAUGCCGAGAAUUUGUACAACUUCGAAAGCUACUUCGGAGAGGCAAUCAAAGAAAAUGGCGAGGUAAAAAAAUUACUAAAUUUCGAGAAAUUGCCCAGUGAUGAAGCAGUUGUUGAAAAAACUGCCGAGAAGUGUCUUAACUACGAUUUCAAUCUUAGCUGUAUUCAGCUAAAGCAGAGUGAUUUGGAAAGCGUUGAUGGAAAGCGGGCCAAGAUCGAGCAAAUUGACGGUUGGAUUCGCAAACUGUAUUCAGCGAUGUCACUUAGCGGAAUGCUAGUAGUAUUGUUGGCCGGCGGUGAAGUGAAUCAAACCAGUCGAAUGGCAGUUGCAAUGAUUCAGACAAAAAAGGGGUGAGCUCAAAUUGUGUAAAAAUCUGUUUGUCGAAAAAAUGGGUAAAAUAUACUAGUGAAAUAUAUUGCCGUUGU